AGUCAACUCUACCUGCACUCAGCCGGGCAAGGGAGCGUAGGCAUCGACUUGUAGUCCAGUCUGUCCAGUCAUGUAGGCUUUUGCUGGGGACCGACGUGCAGAGUGUCGAUCCAUCCAUGUCACGUCACGCCCCGUUCGCUCCCAGUCUCUGUGCCGUGGCAUGGCAGGCGGAGCAACGGGGUUCAAGCACAAAUGCAUAUACUUACCUACCUACCUACCUGCCUGCCUGCCAUGCUGCCCCUGUCGUUGCCUGUCCUCCCUGGCGGCAUACUUACAUGACCAGCCUCAUAAUACCCCAGACUAAGUCCAUAUAUGAGAUGUCUCUUCCCGAGGUCUACAUGUUUGAUUACAUCCAUUUCCCUUGCAUAGCGCUGUCAUGAUGCUUUCUCGAUCGGGUCUGAGUAUCCGGAAGCUCAUACCCAACCGACGGUUGAGCGAUGAGGAUAUUAGUGGAGCCGAACUGAGGAAAGAAGAGAACUCCCUUGUUUCGAGGAUAGGUCAAGAUGGUGGCGGGAGUAUAUACGCGGCAAACAGACGAUCUAGUCGCAAAAAGCAAGCGCCGGCUCCGAUCAUAGCCACGAGCCCUCUGACACAUUCCGAUGUCUUAAGACCGCUACCACCGCUUCCGAGCGAGACACCACGUUCCUCAGCAAGCUCAUCCUGUAGAUGUGAGCGUCAUGCUAGGUGCGAUUGUCCAUUGUUGAAUUCGAGAAGAAGAUCGCCGCUCUAUACGAUAUCACCAAAGGAACCCAGAGAAGAAGUCACAUUGAUCUCUUGCGUCAACAGUAGUGACCCCGAUGAUUCUCUCACAAAUCAUAUUCCAAGAUCUCGGUUUAACUCGUUUAGCGACGCCACCUCAAAAGAAGAGGCGGCUCAAGCUUCGUCCCCUAGAAGAGAGGACAAAGUAGAGACGGUGAAGGAUCAGCAACCGGAUGGCACUUUAUCUCCAGGGCUCCUGAGCGACGUCAGACAAUUCAUGCAGGAGACCGAAGACGCUUUCAAAACUAUCGGUGUUACCCUGUCUGAAGUACCCGUUAACCAAGCUCCCAUCUUUCAGACCACAAAGACAUACUCUACGGAUGUAUCUGGCGACAUAGAACCUCCGCCACCUACUCCACCCCCAAAGGAAGUUCCAGUAUCGCUUUCAAAGAGCCCUCCGGGCAAAGCACCAUCCAUGUUCAGUUCUUCGCCUAAGAGUCCUCCCAAGGACAACCCCUCUUCACAGGUGCCCAAGAGGAAGCGAUCCAAAAAAUCCAAGAGAACAAGAUCCAUGAGGCCUUCACGGAAACCUACGGCGGCGAAACCAGCCGCCAAGAGUGGCCCACGAUGGACACUCACAGAAAAUGUUUCGGAACUGCUUACGGGCAAGCUGUUCCACAAAAUCGAAGUGGAUGAGAUGCUUACGCCCGACCAGAUCGAGGCGUUUAAGCAACAGAGGAUAACGAAAUUCCAAGUGGACAAAAUGGCAGAAGCGCUGGAACAAGAGUUGGCAGGGAGCAUACUAGAGCCUUUGCACCUCGACGAUUUUCCAUCGCCCCCCGGGUCAGCAGAUGCCGAUGCCCGCAUAGAGCUGCCAGCGGAAGAGAAACCCGAGAUUGCGUUUUCUGAAGGCGUCAUGCAGCGAAACCCCUCAUUCGAGAGACAGCAUACAUCUAGCACCCCUCCCAUUCCUGUCCGCCACCGGCCGACGUUUCAUAAGACCAAUUCAUCCCCCAACAUACCGUCGAGACACGUAAGGUCUUCGUCGCGUAAAGUAAUGACUGAACUUCCCAUCAUUCCUGAAACGAGCACUACGCCACAGACAGCCGGAGACUUUUACUUCAGUAACGAUUCCAACGAGUCCCUGAGUAAUUUUUCCGAAUACAUAUAUCUUCCAUCACCAUCAUUAUCUGCAAUCGCACCUACUUUUCAGCAUGGACCCAUCCGACUAUCCAAGUACGACCUAUUACCGGCCAUGAAAUUAAGCCAUGACGAGGAUCUCGAUUGGACAGCAUUCCAAAUGGCGAUCUCUGGCGGCGCUGGCGACCUGUUUUCAGAGAGUGAUGACGUGAUGCGCCAAAGGGAAGAAGAAGAGGUUGCCGACAUCGCCGCGUGGUGGGACUCGUGGCACUUUGAAAGCUCCGGGGAACUCGUCACCACAGAAUACGAGGCAUCAAGCCCUACGAGUACGCUGUCGGGAGAUGAGAUCCCGGACCUCUCGUAUAGCGAAAUCGACAGCGACAACCAGAAUAGCCCGCACCUCAAAUGGCAGAGUGCGCAACACAGAAUCAGCGCGGCGGGUUUACAUCUCGAUCUCGGGUUUACAAAGGAGAAGAGCCAUCUGUCGUCGCAAUACUACACAAAUGGACCGGGCGGCAAUGCGAAUGACGACACCUGGCCAAGAGAUGGCGAACAGAAACAAGCCGCAAUCAACCGUCAGAGUAUACAAAGCCUGCCGCCUAGCCCCAUGCUAGACUUACGGGUCAUUCGCAGCCCUAGCGGCGAUGAUUUGGACGUCGUGCCCAUGGGUUAUAAUCUGGGGCAUGACCUGGGCGACUUCUUGAAAUGGGAGGCCGAACACGCCUUUGCGGGCGAUUUCAAUUCAUCGCCCGGACUCAUGUAGAAACUACGAACGUCUCUCUCUUGAAUGUUUCUUUUAUUUUUGAGUGGUUGGUUGGAUUGGGAGUAACCGGUCUGGAUGUCCGCCACUGAUUUCGUUGCGUUUCACUGGUCCGGAGUCAAAUAUGGGGAAUAUAAUGGAAACGGCGCAUGAUUAGGUCCCUUGGAUAAAGGCGAUUGAUACCCUCAGCGAUGUUUGGCGGCGAUAGAGCAAACAUCUAUAGGCUCCCAAGGCUUUUUUUUUUUUUAACUUACUUGCCUAUCUACCUACCUACCUUGUACUACAUCUUUAUAGAUACUUAGGUAGCUACCACGCUCAUGCCGAGUGAAAAUAAAAAAUAAAAACCACGAUUCUACAUACGCAUUGAA